AUGGAUUUAAAGUUUCUUGUAAUUAAUGCUCGAAGUUGGCCAGGAUUUUUUUAUUUAUUUGGUUCGCCAUAUUUGCCUAUCUAUCUUCCUUUAGUGAUUCUCCUUUUCUUUCGUUUUUUCUUUCUUUCUUUCUUUUUUAAUCUUUUUAUUUUGUUUUGUCUUGCUGCUUCUUUCUUUCCAGCGUCUCUUUCUUUAGUUACUCGUGGUCACUUGCAUUCUUUCUUUCUUUCUUUCUUUCUUUCUUUCUUUCUUUCUUUCUUUCUUUCUUUCUUUCUUUCUUUCUUUCUUUCUUCGUCUCAUACUUUCCCUUCUUUUUACAGAUUUGUAAAUCUUUCUUUGCCUCGUUUUCAUCUAUUUUCCUUUAAAAUUUGUCAUCUUUUUUCACAUUUUUCCUUCACUCUCCCUUUUCAUUGUUUCUUUCUUUGUUUGUUUGUUUGUUUCUUUCUUUCUUUCUUUUUAUUCAAUUCUACUUCUUGCCUUCUCUGUUUCCAUCCUUAUUCCUUCAGUUUUUUUUUAUCUUUUUCAUUCUUUGAAAUUUGUUGUCUUUCCAAAUUUUCUUCCUUCAUAGUCUUUUGUUUCUUUCUUUGUUUGUUUCUUUCUUACAAGCCGUUUUUUCUUCACCUAUUUAUUGUCCUCCUCUUUCUUUCACUCUCUCUGUCUUUUUUCUUUCUUUCUUUUUUCUUCCUUCCUUUCUUUCUUUCUUUUCGUUUUGAAUUGGUGCUUUCCUCAUUUUCCUCUUGUAAUUCAAAUGAAAACUUAGGAAUGAAGUUGGAUAAAAAGAAAGAAUGA